AUGUAUCGGGGGGAAUUAUGCAUAAAAGAAUUAGACGAGGCGGAAAUACGUGUCAUGAAAAUCAUUCAAGCAUCGUGUUUUGCAUGCGAAUUAAACGAACUAACAAAAAAGCAAGCGAUAAAGAAGAGCAAUAUCGCGGCAUUAAACCCAUUCAUUGACAGUAACGGUCUAAUUCGUGUCGGUGGGCGCCUUAAAAACUCGGAAUUGACGUUCUCUCGGAAGCACCCGAUUUUAAUCCCUAAUCGUCAUUUUCUCACGGAUCUCAUUAUCCGGGAAACUCACGAAAGAUACCAUCACACCGGUAUUCAAACGACUCUCUAUAAUAUCAGACAGAAAUUUUGGAUUCUCGACGGUCGAAAUCAAGUGCGCAAAAUAGUGCGGUCGUGCAUGCGCUGCUUCCGAUUUAGUGCCGAUACGGUCAAAUAUAAAAUGGGUGAUUUACCUAAAGUGCGAGUACGCGACGCACUCCCAUUCGCAAACACGGGUAUCGAUUUUUGCGGGCCAUUUUUCAUCAAAAAGAAAAAAUACAGAAAUAGAAACAGAAUUAAGGUUUACGUCUGCGUAUUCGUAUGCAUGGCCAUAAAGGCGGUUCAUCUAGAAGUAGUGAGCGAUCUCACCACUGAAGGAUUUAUCGCCGCGCUUCGACGUUUCACAUCUAGACGAGGUAUCCCGACACAUAUUUAUUCCGACAACGGGACAAAUUUCAUCGGAGCAAAUAAUCAGCUAAGAGCCUUAUACGUACUCCUUAAUUCUGACGAACAUAAAACCCAGAUAAAUCAGUUCGCCAUUAAACAUCGUAUCACAUGGCAUUUCAUACCGCCUAUCGCUCCUCAUUUCGGGGGACUAUGGGAGUCCACCGUGAAAUUGUUUAAACACCAUUUCAAACGGGUAAUCGGAGAACUUUUAUUCACGUUCGAGGAGUUGAAUACGUUCGUAAUCGAAGUCGAAGGGAUUCUAAAUUCAAGGCCUAUCUCCCCUCUUUCAUCCGAUCCAAACGAUCCUUUAGCGUUGACACCCGCUCAUUGCUUGAUCGGCAGACCUCUGAUUAAUAUGCCUGAGUCGGACCUUUCAUCUGUCCCAGCUAACCGUCUCUACUUGGGAGCACAUUACCAAAGUACGUCAAGAUUUCUGGUCUCGCUGGAGUUUAGAAUACCUCAACGAGCUGCAAGUCCGCCACAAAUGGACCAAAGAUGGAGAUAA